CUUUCAUCCCACGGAAAUGUUUAAUUGUCAACUAUAGCUCGCAGAGCACACAGCACAUCAUACUCUGCUGUUGAAUGUUGACUAAGAACCAUAACAUCUCUCUAACGUGCAACUGUCUGGAAGUCAUCAGCUCAACCCUCAACAGCUGGCCGGUAAGGGUGGAGCUGGCCUCGGAGAUGAGACAACAAUGCAGUCCUAGCUGGAAACACGUUUUCGCUAGCAAGAAUGCGGUUACAAUGUCUUUUCAGGAGCGCUGGCAUAUUAUAAUGCUUCUGCAGUAGAAGCCACGACAGCUUAGGACUCGCAGUACCGGCUUCUUUCAAGUCUCCGGACGUCCACUCGUUUGCCUCAAUGUGCCGGCAGGGCCAGAAAUUUAAUGUGCGGCAGAUGACAGGGACAUGCCAUUAAACCAUGUCAUUCGAGGUUGAACGUUUCUAGUAUAUGCUACUAGUGCCUGUGGCCCAGCCGGCAGUUUACGCCAGCCAUGUCGCAGGGCCUCGCCGUUUUCCCUUGGAGUCGAUCCGGCGAGGAGACGCUACCCUUUUGGCUGAAUGCCUCUCACUUGGAAAGGGCGACAAAUCCGCGUAACCGGGAUAUUUGUCUCGUGUGUUUUCCGGAGUAUGAAGUUCCUGGCCCCUGGAGCUUUCGCUCGCUGGCAGACCACAUCUCGUUUCAUGAAGGGAGAAACUUGAAACUUGGUAUGUGAAGACUUGGCGUCUUCCAGCUCUUUAUCAAGCAAAGCUUUACUACCGGUUGAUCGGUUGGGAUGGGCAACUCUUUGAAAGCUGGAGGUCCAGGAUUCGAUGCUCGAGUCUGCUUCUCUUCUUGCCUCGGGGAUAAAUGCCUAAAAUGCCUUGCUGGCCGCCAUGAUUCCUACUUGUUCCAGCAUUGACAGACCAGAUUGGGCGUGGAAUUCUACAGUUUGCUGGCAGGUGAUAUCGAACAGAUCCUAUAUAUAGUGGAUAUAUGAGGGUCAAAUUUCCAUACAACUUCAGGACCAGUUCGUAGGCAGUUA